CUUCCUUCCUUGUCCUCUCCCAUCGAAACUAAAAGCACGUCCUUGGAACUUCUCUGGAACUUUCUCCAACUGCCUCCCCAACAGCCAACUGCUUCUCCUGUCCUGUGCUCCCUCUGCAAACAUUCUCUAAGAAUUACAGGUCCUUAAUACUAGUUAAUCUUCAUCCCAUUAGAGAAAUACUGUGAGGGUAUCCCGAAGGGACCUCUGCCAGCUUCAAAACGGAUCAGGAUUCCCCAGGAGAGAAACCCACCAAUACAGAGUCUAAUGCCUUAAACCAGUGGCCAAGAUCUGUAACAAUGAAGCUGGUCGCAGCAGCAUUUUGCUUGAGCCUCCUUGCAGCUGGCCUGUGGGUGGGCCUCUCAUUGACAUCUGAGUCUGUUGAAGAAGGGAAACCUGGAGGAGGCGGAGGCAGUGGUGGUGGUGGUGGUGGUGGCGGCGGCGGCGGAGGGGGCAUCGGCAUCGGCAUCGGAGGUGGUGGAGGCAGUGACAGGAGCGGCGGAGGAGCAAGAGGAUGUUUUCUCCCACCAUUGCCAAAAGAAGAUUCUUCAUUCUGCAGGAACCUUGAAGUUUUCUACAUGGAGAUGGGGAACAUCAGCUGUAAAAUUGUUCCUAAAUGUAAUCUAUACAGACAGAAGAUCAUGACCUGGCAGUCGCCGAUAGUCAAGUUCCACGCGGCUUUGGAUGGUGCACAGUACCUGCUGGUGAUGGUGGAUCCAGAUGCCCCCAGCAGGUCUAGUCCCAGGAUGAAAUACUGGAGACACUGGGUGGUGUCCAACAUCACAGGUGCUGACAUGAAAAGUGGGAGUAUUCGUGGCAAUGUAAUAUCACCAUACCAGCCUCCUACCCCACCGCCAACCACUGGUCUACACCGUUACCAGUUCUUUGUCUACCUUCAGGGAGACAGAGACAUUUCUAUCCCAGACGGAGGAAGCCUGGACCGAGGUGCUUGGAAUCUGGAAAAGUUUCUGCAGCAAUACGGGCUGAAAGAUGCCGACGCAAGCACCCAGUUCAUGACGCAGUUUGAUGGGGAAUUGCCAUCAGGUUUUGGUAGAAUUAAUGACGACCAAGAUCAAUUGAACCAAAAAUAACUAACUGUUCACUAAGCUGAAACUUCGACCUUCCAGGUGUGUGCUCACGUCAUGUAAUCCACUACCGAUGGUCUGGGGAUGAAAUCUCCUCUUGGCAUCUUCCAAAUAAAAUAAAUAAAUAAAUAAAAAAUAAAUCAAUCAAACAAAAAUACAAAACAAAAA